AUGCGCUCGCCCAGAAGUACGACCCACAGAAGGCCCCAGCUCGCCCAGAAGUACGACCUGCAGAAGGAGGUUGAGCUGAGGACAUGGAUCGAGAACGUCACUGGGCAGCGCAUCGGGCCCGACUUCCAGAAGGGGCUGAAGGACGGGGUCAUCCUCUGCGAGCUCAUGAACAAGCUGCAGCCCAACUCGGUGAGGAAGAUCAACCGCUCGGCCCAGAAUUGGCACCAGCUCGAGAAUCUCUCCAACUUCAUCAAGGCCAUGACCAGCUAUGGCAUGAACCCCGUUGACCUCUUUGAAGCCAACGACCUCUUUGAGAGCGGAAACAUGACGCAGGUGCAGGUGUCACUGCUGGCACUGGCGGGCAUGGCCAAGACCAAGGGCAUCCAGAGCGGUGUGGACAUUGGCGUCAAGUACUCGGAGAAGCAGCAGAGGAACUUUGACGAGGCCAAGAUGAAGGCUGGGCAGUGCGUGAUCGGGCUGCAGAUGGGCACCAACAAAUGUGCCAGCCAGUCGGGCAUGACAGCCUAUGGCACCAGGAGGCACCUCUAUGACCCCAAGAACCAGAUCCUGCCGCCUAUGGACCAUUCCACCAUCAGUCUCCAGAUGGGCACCAAUAAGUGUGCCAGCCAGGUGGGCAUGACAGCUCCAGGCACCAGGAGACACAUUUACGACGCCAAGAUGGGCCUGGAGAAGUGCGACAACUCCUCCAUGUCCCUGCAGAUGGGCUCUAACCAGGGGGCCAACCAAAGCGGCCAGGUUUUUGGAUUGGGCCGCCAGAUCUAUGACCCCAAGUACUGCCCCCAGGGCAAUCAGGACGACGUGGCCAACGCUGCCUGCGAGCAGAGCAUGGACCCACCUGGGUACCACUACUACUGCGAGGAGGAGAGCUACUGAGCGGGCUGCCAUG